AUGUCGAACGAAGCUAUUCUUCACGCGUACAGGCACUUGUACCGCCAGAGUCUAAGGGCUAUUCAAUUCUCGAAGCCCGCCCGCUACACGCUACGCGACCGUCUGCGCCUAGCCUUUCGCAAGGGCUCCAUCGUCGACUUCGAACCACAGAAGGUCCAAAACACCCUCGAUUUCCUACAGUAUGCGACAAGAGAGAAUGGAUUGGAGCACAAAAUCAUAAAAAACCUCUUAUUUGUCUGGUGGACUCAGAGCAAUGGGGGUCGCUCGAAGCCCAAAGCCAGAACUCUCACCUGGGAAGAGCACGAGAUCAAGACCACUGCAUACGACCCAUUCAACCACAACAUUCGCAUGCUGAACGAGAGCAUGGGUCUGUGCCUCCCCUCCAUGACCGUCCGCGAUCCUAAUUGA